AUGCCGCGCUGCCUGCACAGUGAGCUCAGGAACUCCCCGCCCUCCGUCCUCAUGGGGCGGCUGGGUGGAGACAUUGCUCAGGACGUUAGCACGUGUGGAAUGCGCUUCUGGUCCCACGGGCUGCUGGCACGAGUGUGGACACUGGAGAAGGCCGAGGGAGGGUGUCGUGGAGGUGGGAGCCCCAGAGACGACGGGGAGCAGCAGGCCGACUCCCCGGGCGUCAUCCCCGGCAUCGUGGGGGCCGUGGUGGUCGCCCUGGCCGGAGCUGUGUCCAGCUUCAUCGCGUACCAGAAGAAGCGGCUCUGCUUCAAAGAACACGAGGAGCAAGGUGACCUCAACAUGGAGAACCAGCAAGGGGGGAACCCCAAGACACCAGCGGAACACAGUCUGCUACAGAAAGCCUAGAAGGGAGAGCCUCCCCGGGCAGAAUCAGAUCCAGUGACCCCGCCGGGUUCAAGCUGGACUUGUGCUCCUCCCCCUGCCCCCUCUGGACACCACGUCCCCCGGGGCAGGGUCUGAGCGGCGGUCAGGGGGGUGGGGGGUCUGUUCAUUUGUGUGUUUGUAUCGUACCGGUACCUGCUGGGUUAAUGAUGUUUACGAACGAGGCAUUUGCCCCCUUGUGCCCCUACCCACCCAACAGAGACGGCCACCCUCUUAGCCCAGGCCCUGGGCUGGCCGGGGCCUCCUGUGGGCUGUGACACCCUCAUAAAGUCCCCAUCAUUCAGGCGAUGGCGGGGUGUGCUGGGGGGCAGCCCUCUGCUCCCGGAUCUUCACCGAACAGAGAGGUCAAGCAGCGGACGCCUCCCUGCAGGUGUGCAGCGGGGCAAGCCUGCCAGUGCCGGCCCCCCAUGGGCUCUGGGCGCCCCCAUGCCCACCGAAGGCUGAGCAAUAAAUCAGACAGUGACAA